AUGUUUCCUUACAAGACUCUGUAUAUCCUAGCCCUUGUAGCGAUCACCAAUGCCGUGCCUAUCACUGUUCACAACUAUGCCCUGACGCCCACUUCCCCGCCCGCCUGCGUCGCCAAGGCUUCGCAGUCGCUGACCGCCACUCCCACUAGCAUUGCGGUACCCCAGAGCACUGGUGCUUCUGACGACUGUUCUGGCUACGACGAUGACGAUGGAGCGUACAACACCUCGACUUCUGGAUACUAUGCGAGGAACAUCGGUGGCUUGCCCCGCAUUCCCAAGUUCAAUAUGACCGUCGUCGAUGUGGUCACACAAUUGCAGAGGAGCUCCGUCAUGCGGGCGCCUCUCUUGCGUCGCGCCCACAAGGUGAUAAUCACACGCAUCGCUCAACCAGACCUUCCCCAAGUUGCACAGGAGUGGCAGGACCUCUGCCUCGCCAGCGGCGGCGACAUCUUCACCAACGAUCCUUGCGUGAAACUGGCCGGCGAAGACGGCAUCAACGCUUUGCUCGCCGGCGACGACCCAUGCGCCCAACAGGACAACGCCGACGCUAUGAUCGACUUUGCGAACUCUGCAAACAUCACGAACCGCGACGCGCUCGUCGCGAACGCCGUGGCUUACCGCAAGCACCCGCGGAACGCGCUCAACAUCAACGGCAUCGUGCCGUCCACCCCGUUCUGCCAGAAGGCACCUAGGAACCCCGAACUUCAGGGUCUCGUCAACGCUCAGCUCGAUGGCGUCGACCUCGGUUUGUUUGGUGGGCCGAAGUUCCCCAUCGUGGCUUUCGGAGCGAGUGGCACUUGUCCUUUCGGUCAGACUCCGGACGUCUCCACCUGUUCCUGCAACUGA